AGUCGUUUGAAACACCCUCGCGAUGCAAUCUGGCUUUGCCGCCUCGUCGGCAUCAUCAUCGCUCGGCCAGCUUGCCAACCAGAAUUCGCUGCUGCAGCACCAUCUGUCCUACGUGCUGACUCGCAUGCACGACGAGGCGUCUGCGGUGGAUGCAGCCAACGCUGGGCGGACUGUGAUUCGGCAGUUUCUGAACGAGGCGACCGUUGAUCCGUCGCGCGGCUACCGAGCACCGCUCUUUCUCGACGCCGCCCACACGGGCCGUCGCGUCGCCAAUCCCAACGAGUCUGCCGACGGGCACCACCAGUCCCAGCGCAGGCAUGACAGCGCGCAUCGGAAGCACGCCGCCGCCGGACGAGCACCAGCCGCAGCUGUUUCACAGUCUGUCUACUUGCAUCGCCAGUACGGCGGCGGCGGCGGCCAGCAGCGCGGGGUCUCUGAGGAGGAGGACGACCGCGCGUCAGAUGACGAGUCGCUGAUCGAUGGAGAUCAUCAUCACGACCAUCAGGACCGCCAACAAGAUCGAAUCAGCGGCAGCAGUCUGCCAAAGACGCCGCGAAAUCCCAAUCGAGUCAACGGUUUGGAAGCUGGCUUGGCACCCAAUUCCAGUUCAGCCAAAUCUGCUGCAAGACACGCGCACCAGACGCCUGCGACUCUACGAAAGAGUCCAGCUCGAGCAUCAUCUUCACAUGCCUCAGGUCAGACGCCAUUGUCGUCGUCGCGGUCCAAGAGUGCUAGGCUAUCGGUUCCUGCCAGCAGCAGGCGCAACGAGACACUACAACCACAACUCGAGGCGAUUGCUCAGCAGCAGGAAGUGCUCAAUCAGCUCUGGCAGCAGCUGCAGGGCACGAUGGAGGAGCACGACCAGACGGACGAGGAGGACCUGCAACAACAAGAUCUGUUCCAACACGACGAAGUUGAGGACACUUCUGACAACGACGAGCUGCUCGAUCUCGAGCAAGAAGAGUUGGACGCGACGUCAAAUUCACAGCGCAUCUACCCACAACAACAGCAACAACAACAACAACAACAACAACAACAACAACAACAACAACCCACGCACGCGGCAAAUACUUCGCAGGUACUAUUGGAUCUCGUCGAUUCGAUCGAAGACCUCAAUCUCCGCGUCGACAAGUAUGCCAGUCGUCAAAACCGAGUCGCCAAGGCUGUCAAACUAUUGGCCAACAACAGCAACAGUGCUGCAACCCCAGCGUCUGGACUGCGCGCCAGUGCUGCUGCUGUGGCAACAAUGCCCCGUGGUGGCAAUCCGACAACUCCGCGAGUCCCUCCGUUAUUACGCUUCAACCAGCCAGCGUCAAGCAACACAUCCGUUUUGGACACGUCCUUCCAGCCCAAUCAGUCAACAUCGUCCAUGCUGAACUCGCUCCUCAACACAUCGCAGUUGCUCAACACGACCGACUUGGGACGAGUCGCCUCGUUGCUGCCAUUUGCGGACAUUGACGUGUAUCUGGCUGACUUGUCGACCACGUUUUUGCGACAACGCGUUGAGAGUACCUCUGCAAACGAGAGUCUGCUUCGGUGGCUGGAGCAGCCUGCCGCGGAUGCCCUCGAAGUCCUGAGCAGCAGCGACUCGGCGCUCGGACCCAGCCGGCGCGCAAAGCUGUUUGCUCAAGUCCAGGUGUAUCAAGAGAAGUUGAAAAUCGCCGGGCUCUUGCUUCGCCUUACCGGCAACAGUAUCACCCACUCCGCUGCCAAUGUGACGGAAGCAUGGCUGCGGCAACAGGCGCUCGCUCUCGAAGCAUUCUCCACAGAGCUCACGCUUGGUGCCGCUUUGCUCCGCAGUGAAUAGGCUCGCUUUCCAUUUUGAGGUUGAGUUCUGUUCAAUGAUGAUGGGUUUCGGAAUUGUACAAAAAAGGUUGUCACAAUAAUUAAAGCAACAACAACAA